AUGAUGGGACCACCCAGGACGCCGUUAAGUAAGAUAGAUCGAGCCAGUCCGUCCACACCAAGUGGUUCCAGAGUUACAGAGGAGAAGAUACUAGUCACUGUUCGUAUGAGGCCAUUGAACUGGAGGGAACAUGCCAAAUAUGAUCUCAUUGCUUGGGAUUGUCCAGAUGAUCAGACCAUAGUGUUUAAGAAUCCGAAUCCUGAGAGAUCCGCAGCAAAGUAUUCAUUUGACAAAGUUUUUGAGCCAAACUGUGCGACUCAAGAGGUUUAUGAAGGUGGUUCUAGGGAUGUUGCACUAUCUGCAUUAGCAGGAACCAACGCAACUAUAUUUGCCUAUGGUCAGACCAGCAGUGGCAAGACCUUUACAAUGAGGGGUGUUACUGAAAGUGUUGUUAAAGAUAUAUACGAGCAUAUAAGAAAAACUCAAGAAAGGAGCUUUGUCUUGAAAGUAUCUGCUUUGGAGAUCUAUAACGAGACUGUGGUUGACCUUUUAAGUCGUGAUACUGGGCCCCUUCGACUGUUAGAUGAUCCAGAGAAAGGAACCAUUGUAGAAAAUCUGGUGGAUGAAGUGGUAGAAAGCAGGCAACACUUGCAGCAUUUAAUUGGCAUUUGUGAAGCUCAAAGGCAAGUAGGUGAAACGGCUUUGAACGACAAAAGUUCAAGAUCUCAUCAGAUUAUUCGGCUGACCAUUCAGAGCAAUCUCAGGGAAAUAGCAGGCCAUGUGCAGUCUUUCAUGGCAACUCUGAAUCUUGUUGAUCUUGCUGGAAGCGAACGUGCUUGUCAAACAAACACAGAUGGUCUAAGGUUUAAGGAAGGGAGUCAUAUUAACCGAAGUUUAUUGACACUUACGACAGUGAUCAGAAAGCUGAGUUCCGGAAGAAGAAGUGAUCAUGUACCAUAUAGAGACUCAAAGCUUACAAGGAUUCUGCAAAAUUCACUUGGCGGGAAUGCUAGAACAGCCAUAAUAUGUACCAUCAGUCCAGCCCUGAGCCACGUUGAGCAGACAAAAAAGACUCUUUCUUUUGCCAUGAGUGCAAAGGAAGUCACAAACUGCGCUAAAGUAAACAUGGUCGUCUCAGAAAAAUUACUUGUGAAACAUCUGCAGAAAAAAGUAGCCAAACUCGAAUCAGAGUUAAGAAGCCCAGAGUCCAAUUCAUCUACCUGCUUAAAGUCUCUGUUAGUUGAGAAAGAGAUGAAAAUCCAACAGAUGGAAACGGAGAUGAAAGAGUUAAAGCGUCAGAGAGACAUUGCACAAUCUCAGCUUGAUCUACAAAGAAAAGCAAAGGAGCUAAAGGGGUCAAGUGAUUGUGAACCUUUUUCACAAGUAGCGAGGUGUCUCUCCUACCGUACUCAGGAGGAGUCCAGUAGUCCAAGCAAAUCUGUUCCAAAAAGCAAAAGAACAAUUCGUGGCAAGAGAAAGGAUAAUGCGAGGCAGUCUCUAACUUCAGCGGAUCCAACAGCGCUGAUCCAAGCAAUCCGUGUGCUUGCAAAGAAUCAGAAGGAUUUAGGCGAGGAAGCAAACCAAGCGCUAGAGCUAAUCCACAAAGAAGUGACAUCUAACAAACUGGGCGAUCAACAAACUGCAGAGAAAGUCGCUAAAAUGCUUUCAGAAAUCCACGACAUGCAGAAGAGCAACCGUUUAGCCGAGGAGAUCGUAGUUGGCGACAAAGCUAACUUGAAGGAAGAAAUAACCCGGUUAAACUCUCAAGAAAUCGCAGCUCUUGAGAAAAAGAUUGAGACUGUUCAGAAAACCAUCGACAUGCUCGUCUCGUCUUAUGAGAUAGAUGAACAGCAGCCUCCAGAGUUCAGGACCCAGAUGAAAAAGAAGAGAGUCCUUCCCUUUGGAUUGAGUAACAGUCCCAACAUACAUCAUAUGAUCAGGGCACCGUGUUCACCUCUUUCUUCUUCUUCCGGGACUGAGAACAAGGCUCCUGAGACUAAUAUCGUCGUCUCUGCAAAUUCAGCACCAGUGUCUUUUGCAGCGACUCCACCAAAGCGGGAUGAUAACCGAACACCGUCAAAGGAAGGAUCACGACAAGCGAAUUCCGUCGAUGUGAAGAGGAUGAAGCGUAUGUUUAAGAACGCUGCUGAAGAUAACAUACGUAACAUCAAAGGUUACGUUACUGGACUGAAAGAACGUGUCGCUAAGCUUCAGUACCAGAAGCAGCUUCUUGUUUGCCAGGUGUUGGAAAUGGAGGCAAACGAGGCAGCUGCUGCUUCGGAGUCAGACGGAACAGAUGAAUCUCAAAUGGAUUGGGUGUUGAGUUUUGAAGAACAGAGAAAGCAGAUCAUAAUGUUAUGGCAUCUUUGCCACAUCUCAAUCAUACACAGGACGCAGUUCUACAUGCUGUUCAAAGGAGACCCAGCCGAUCAAAUCUACAUGGAAGUCGAGCUCCGGAGGCUGACAUGGCUCGAACAGCACUUAGCCGAGCUUGGAAACGCGAGUGCAGCACUGCUCGGCGAUGAACCAGCCAGCUACGUAGCAUCAAGUGUAAGAGCAUUGAAGCAGGAGAGAGAGUGCUUGGCGAAACGGGUUAACACGAAGCUAGGAGCUGAAGAGAGAGAGAUGCUUUACACGAAAUGGGAGGUACCGCCUGUAGGGAAACAGAGGAGGCAACAGCUGAUCAAUAAGCUGUGGACGGAUCCACAUAAUAUGCAGCACGUUAGAGAGAGUGCAGAGAUUGUGGCUAAGCUCGUCGGGUUCUGUGACUCAGGGGAGAACAUAAGGAAAGAAAUGUUUGAGCUUAACUUUGCGUCUCCUGCGGAUAAGAAGUCAUGGAUGAUGGGUUGGAGCUUCAUUUCGAACUUGUUGCAUCUUUAG